AUGGGAAUUCAGAAUUUAAUAAAAUUACUGGCGGAUGUAGCCCCACAAGCCAUUAAAGAAACAGAUAUUAAAACUUACUUUGGUAGAAGGAUAGCUGUUGAUGCUUCCAUGUGUUUGUAUCAAUUUCUAAUAGCUGUAAGAAAUGAAAGUGGUCAGUUAACAUCUACAGAUGGUGAAACAACAUCCCAUUUAUUAGGAACAUUUUAUCGAACUAUUCGUCUUGUGGAAAAUGGCAUUAAGCCUGUUUAUGUUUUCGAUGGAAAACCACCAGAUUUGAAAUCGGGAGAAUUAAACAAAAGACAGGAAAGACGUGUGGAAGCACAAAAGGCAUUGGACAAAGCUACAGAAGCAGGUGAUGCUGCUGAAAUGGACAAAUUUAAUCGUAGGCUUGUUAAAGUUACUAAACAGCAUGCAGAAGAAGUAAAGCAGUUAUUAUCAUUGAUGGGAAUUCCUUAUAUAGAUGCUCCCUGUGAAGCUGAAGCUCAGUGUGCUGCUAUGGUUAAGGCUGGCAAAGUAUUCGCUACAGCUACGGAGGACAUGGAUGCAUUAACAUUUGGGUCAAAAGUUCUAAUUCGUCAUAUGACAUUCAGUGAGGCUAGAAAAAUGCCUAUACAAGAAAUAUAUCUGGAUAAAGUUCUGCAAGGUUUAAAUUUGAAACAAGAAGAAUUUGUAGACCUGUGCAUAUUAUUGGGUUGUGAUUAUACUGAUAGCAUCAGAGGUAUUGGCCCUAAACGUGCUAUGGAAUUAAUAGAAAAACAUAAAAAUAUUGAAUCUAUUUUAAAAAAUAUUGAUAAAGAAAAGUAUCCACCACCUGAAAAUUGGAAUUAUGAAAGUGCCAAAAGUCUAUUUGUUAAUCCAGAGAUUACCGAUCCAGAAACAAUUGAGUUAAAGUGGUCUGACCCCGACGAAGAAGGAAUGGUAAAAUUUUUAUGUACUGAUAAACAGUUUAAUGAGGACAGGGUCCGAAAUGGUUGUAAAAAAUUACUAAAAGCAAGAGGCAGUUCUACUCAGGGUAGACUUGAUGGAUUCUUUAAAGUACUCUCAACUACACCAGCAAAGAGAAAAAAUGAAGAAAAAAAGAAUACGCCAAAUAAGAGAGGAAAAACUGGAGGACAAGGAAAAAGAAGGGGAAAAUAAAGACAUACUCGAUAUAUAUUUUUCUAAUCAAUUGAUAUAUUUUGUAUUUAUAUUUAUACAAG